CUUGACGUUGUCUACACACAGGGCCUGGUGCCGCUGCCAGUGGGGUCUCCGCCGGAGAGAUGGCCCCAAGGGGAGGGGCCCCGUGGCUGCCGUCAGCUCUGCUCUUUCUCCAGGUCCCAGGCUGUCUGUCGCUGAGCGGCCCCAGCCGCGUGACGGGCACCGUCGGGGGAUCCCUGAGCGUGCAGUGUCAGUACGAGGCGGAGUUCACCGAACAAAAGAAAUACUGGUGCAAAGGCCGAUGUCCGACACUGCUGAAGAAGAUUGUGGAGACCACAAAGUCAGAGAGAGAAGUGAGGAGGGGCCGUGUGUCCAUCAGGGACGAUCCAGCAAACCUCACCUUCACCGUGACCUUGGAGAACCUCGAAAAGGGUGAUGAAGGCACAUACUGGUGUGGGAUCGAUAGACCAUGGCGAGAAAUAGGUUGGGACGUCACCUUCAAGGUUCUGGUGUCUGUGAUCCCAGGCCCCACCCUGAAGGUCUUCACAAGCACCCAGAGCUCUCCCUCUGUCCUGCCAGUGACCACCAGGCCCAAUAUGACCAGGAGGGAGACCCCCGAUCCCAGCCAACACCCUCGGUCCCUGCUCGGCAGUGUCCACUUCCUGGUCCUGGUCUUCCUGAAGGUGCCCCUGCUCCUGAGCAUGCUUGGUGCUGUCCUGUGGGUGAACAGGCCUCAGAGCUCCGCCCCCCAGAGAACCCGUAACACCUGCUCCCGCCGAUGA